AUGGAGAGGUACACAGGUCGCGUUGCACUGGUUACAGGCGCCAGCGCGGGCAUAGGCGCUGCCAUAACGCAAGCUCUGCUCCGGCAUGGCGUCACUGUGGUAGGCCUCGCAAGAAGAGUCGACAGGAUAAAGGCUCUGGAAAGUAAUGAUGCACCUGGGAAACUGUAUGCCUUAGAGGGUGAUGUAAGAAAUGAAGAACAGAUUCUCAGUGCUUUCAAAUGGAUAAAUGACCACCUUGGUGGUGUUGAUAUCCUGAUUAAUAAUGCUGGUGUUGCUCAAGAUUCAGACCUUACAGCUGCACCAACAGAAGAGUGGAGAAAAACUUUUGAAAUUAAUGUCCUCGGACUAAGCAUUUGUACAAGGGAGGCUGUACAAGGAAUGUUCCAGAGGGGUGUCAAUGAUGGUUUCAUUAUAAACAUAAGUAGCACUGGUGGUCUUCGUUCACCAUCUACUCCAAGCCUUUGCAUGUAUAGUGCAAGUAAACAUGCUGUUCAGGUGCUCACUGAAGGCCUCAGAAAAGACUUGGCUGACAAAAAAUCUGGAAUCAGAGUCACGUCAAUAUGUCCUGGAUUAGUGAAAACUGAGAUAAUGGAUAACCUGAAGAUACUUGACAAGAAAAGGAUUUAUUCCAAACUUUCCUAUCUUCAACCAGAACAUAUUGCAGAUGCUGUUGUGUAUGUACUCUCACAGCCUGCUAUUUUGGAGGCUCCUAUGUUGGUAAUACAGCAUGUUGGACAGGGAAGAAUAAUUGAGUCACAGUGAAGAAUCAAAACAAAACUUAGGAUCAUUCAUAGAACUGAUAACCAACAAGAAGCCACAAAACUGGAAAUAUACAACUGAAUGUAAAAAAUUAAUAUGAAAUUCUGCUCAUAAUGUCUCUCCACUUUAGUUGAAUUCAUUGAUAAAGUGAAGAUACAAUUUUACAAAUAGUAUUUCACACUGUGUAUACUGUUGUUCUCUUUUUGGGUUCCAUACCUUAUUCAACAAAAAUGGAACCCUUAUAGGAUCACUUUCUUGUCCUUCUGUCUGUUUGUCCGUCAGUCCAAUUGUUAAGAUUCCAUUUUGAAUGGGUAGAGGAAUGAAGUUGGAAUUUGUGUUACAUUCUAAGGUAUAUGAUCCCUUGAUGGUGUCAAAAAUUUUAGCUUCUAAGUCAAUGCAAUCAAAAGAUGUGGCCAUGUAUGUCACAUAUUUUGAUACUCACAAAGACACUCAUCAAAACCUAUAGGGUACUUCCUGUUGACCUAGAGUCAUAAGAUUUGGCAAGAAGUAAGGUUUCAUGGUAAAAGUAAAGGAAAAAUCUGAAAAUUGUGUUUGUAUCACAUUUUUUACCAUUUGUUCUCUGUCUCCCUUUGUCUACCCGUCUGUUCAGACCCCUUUUCCCCUGAAAUGGGUAGAGGUAUCAAGUUGAAAUUUAUGUGAAAUACUGAGUUAUAUGGGCCUUGGCAGUGUAAAAAAUUUGAGCUUCAAAGUCAAUACAAUCAGAAGACCUCUUUUUGGCAAGAAUGGAUAGAGGUAUGAAAUUGAAAUCUGUCAAAUAAUAAGGUCUAAGGUACCUUGGGGGUGCAAAUAAUUUAAGCCUAAAGCAAUGCAAUCAAAAGAUAUGGUCAUUUAUGUCACAUAUUUUGAUACUUGCAAACUUACUCAUCAAAACCUGUAGAUGAAUUAUGUAUAUAUUUAUUGGUCCUUGUGUACAAGCAGUAAAGCAUGUACAUGGAAACCAAGAGGUUGUGAGAUUGAAUCUUGGCCAGACUUUUCAGUCUUCAUUUUAACCAAUCCUUCACCUCCCAGUGAUGAGAGGAGUUACUAGAAACUGCACAUGAUUCAGAUUCCAUGUUAAACUGUACGUCCUAUUUCCCCAUAUGGAGAAUCAUUGAAAUGAUGCUUACACAUUGCCUUAUGUCUGUGAA